AUGGCGAGCAUCUUCUGGGGCGGCGCCCAGGCCGACGAGGUGGCCGACUUCGACGAGCACGACCCCACCCCCUACGGCGGCGGCUACGACAUCACCCUCACCUUCGGCCGCGCCCUCCCGCCCUCCGACGAGAUCUGCUACCCCAUCUCCACCGCCUCCACCUCCUCGUCCUCGUACGACAGCCACGGCGCGGCCGAGCAGCAGCGCAGGAGGCCGCAGGACCAGGACAGCCACGGCUCCGCAGGUCACGGGAGGAGGCCGGAGGAGACACACGGCUCCUCUGCUGGUUACGGGCAAGGGAGGAAGGCGCACGACGACGACGACGACCGGCCCAGCUACGGCCGCAAGAAGAAUGUGAGUGAUGACGACGAUGACGAGGAUAGGCAGCGGCGAUACAAGAAGCGCGACGACGACGACGAUGAUGAGAGGAAGCCACGGCACAAGAAGCACGACGAUGAUGACGACGACGAUGGCGAGAGGAAGCCGCGGUACAAGAAACGUGACGACGACGAUGAUGAUGAGGAUGACAGGAAGCCGCGUUACAAGAAGCGUGACGACGACGACGACGAUGAUAGAAAGCCACGUUACAAGAAGCACGACGACGAUGACGACGACGACGAUGAGAGGAAGCAGCGUCGCGGGAACAACCGCCGCCGCCAUGAUUACGAUGACUGA